AUGGCGUGUCCUCUGCUUCAGCGAAUCACAGAUUUAGAAAAACUGUGCAGUGCAGAGCCUCCAGGGACGCUGAGGACAGGCGCCUCGCCGCAGCUCUGGUUCGUGCUGCCCAGCGCUGUGGCCUUCCCCAAGCUCAUGGACCACAUGGGCAGCAAGGGCCCCUUCUGGUUCCUGAACGGUCUUGUUGGCCUCCCCAUCCUGGGCCUGGCCACAAACCCGCUGCAGACCUUCACAGCGACCACACCUGCCCACCACUGUCGCCCACCCCCCAGCGCUUCCACGGGGCCCUUGGUGUUCCCUAAGGGCCCAGACGGGAAGCCCGAGAACUGCCUCCGUUUCACAUAUCCGCCCAACGCCAGCCUGCCCAACGACACCCAAGGGGGCACCGAGCCAUGCCUGGACGACUGGGCCUAUGACCCCAGCACCACGGACUCCAUUGUCACUGAAUGGGACUUCGCGGGCGUCUCCAGCAAACUCAAGGAGGUGGCCCAGUCUCUCUUCGCGGCAGGCACAGUGAUUGGGGGGACCGUGCUGGGAAAUCUAUCUGACAGCUACCGGUUUGGCCGCAAGCUGACCCUGACCAGCAGCUACCUGCUGCUGGCGGCCAGUGGUUCCUGUGCAGCCUUCAGCCCCAACCUCCACGUCGACAUGAUCUUCAGCUUCCUGAGUGGCUGCAACACAGGCAUGGCCCUGAGCCCCGUUAUCUUGAGUGUCGAGCGUGUGUCCAUCCAGACGUGGGCCAUCAUAUCAACUUUACUUGGUUACUUCUAUACCGGCGGCCCGUUCUUUCUGACGGGUCUUGCCUAUGCCAUCCGCCAGUGGCUCUGGCUACAGUUAACCGUGUCCAUUCCCUUCUUCGCCUUCUUCCUGUCAUCAUGGUGGAUACCAGAGUCUGUAUGUUGGAUGGUCCCGUCUGGAAAGUUCUCAAAGGCUCUGAAAAUACUCUGGCAGGUUGCUGCCCUCAAUGGCAAGAAGGAAGAGGAAGAAAAACUCACCGUGGAGGAGCUCAAACGCAGUCUGCAGAAGGAGAGCUCCUUGGCCAAGGCCAAGUACAGCGUAGCUGACCUCUUCCGGACACCCAACCUGUGCCGUGUGACCUUCUGUCUUUUCCUGGCUUGGUUUUCUACUGGUUUUGCCUACUACAGUUUGGCUAUGAGUGUGGCAGAAUUUGGAGUCAACCUCUGCUUCCUCCAGCUCAUCUUUGGUGGGGUUGACUUCCCGGCCAAGUUCAUCCACUUCCUCUCCAUAAACCAUCUGGGCCAACACAGCACCCUGGCCAGUGGUCUACUCCUGGCAGGAGGGUGCAUCCUGGCUCUCAUCUUUGUGCCCUCGGACUCGCAGACCCUGAGGACAGCCCUGGCUGUGUUUGGGAAGGGAUGCUUGUCCAGCUCCUUCAGCUGCCUCUUCCUCUGUUCGAGCGAGCUGUACCCCACGGUCAUUCGGUAAACAGGCAUGAGCAUUGGCAACUUGGGGACCCACAUGGGAAGCAUGAUGGCCCCGCUGGUGAAGAUCACAGGGGAGUGGCAGCCCUUCAUCCCCAAAGUCAUAUUUGGGACCAUCACCUUCCUGGGAGGCAGGGCUGCCCUCUUCCUGCCUGAGACCCUCAAUCAGCCCUUGCCAGAGACUAUUGAAGACGUGGAAACCUGGUCCUGGCGGGCAAAGGAACCAAAGCGGGAACCAGAAAUGGAAAAAACAUCCCAGAGGAUCCCUCUGGACCAGGCCUGGACCCCAGCUGAGGGCAACUGAGUCCCCCUUUCCCUGCCCUCCAGAAACUAAUCCUUGCCAGGUCCUUGCCUGCCUCUGGGCUCUGAGGACACCUUUGGGGGGCGGCCGUUGGGGGGGGGGGGGCGGUGCUGAGCACAUCCAUGCUCCUGAACACAGUCUUCUGAAAGCUUGGUUGAGGGCAUCUCCACCACACCGGAGCUCCCAGCCCUGGCCAGUUCAAAGAUUCGGCCACAGGCCUUCCCACGCCCCACCCUUGCCCUCACCCUCCUUCAGCCCAGCCCUUCCCCACUGGCCACCUUCCCCCAUUGUUCCAGUCCCCUUCCUCUGAGGUCCCCUGGGCUCCCUGGUUCAGUCCUAACAAAGACAGCUUCCUCUUCUUGCUCCCCACCCCUUUCUUCCAUGAGAGGGUCCAAUAAAUGGCAAUGAAGAACUCAAGCCAUGCUUGCGGUUCAGGAAUGGGCGUGGAAGGGAGAAGGGGGCAGGCCACCACUUGGACAUGCGCACUGCUCUCCCCCGCAUCCGUACUUGUGUGUAACACGUGGGUGUGGACACACAGGUACAGGCAAGCUGGGCUGAUGUGAACCUGUGUUCGCACGUGGGGGACUGAGGCAUGUAUAGGCCAAGCCUACUCGAGACGCUGCAACGACACGCCGCAGGUGCAUCGGUUAAACCACAAACGUGUCUUCCUCCCACUUCCGGAAGCUGGGAGGUCCGCGACGAUCGAGCUGCUGGCAACCUCAGUUCCUGAUGGGAGCCCGCUUCCGGGCUUGUAGGCGGCCGCCUUCUCAUUAUGUCCUCACUUGGCCUGGGGAGAGAGUGAGAGGAAGCAAGGUCUCUGUUGUCCCUUCUUAUGAGGAUGCGAAUCCCAACGUGAUGCCCCACCCUCGUGACCUCAUCUAUCCCUAAUCACCUUCCAAAGGUCCCCACCUGCAACUACCAGCACACCGGAAGUUAGAGCACCAACAUUAAACGUGGCUAACCUUUGGAAAGGAGCUGGGUGCCGCCCUGGCUUGCACCUUCGAACCCUGUACAUCUUCAGACUGCACUCCGACCCAGAUGCAAGUAGGUGAGAGGAAGCCAGUUGCAGAGAAAGAACAAAGCAAGUGCACAGAGAAAAGGAGAAAAGAUACAGGGGCCCAGAUAAAAAGACUUGGUGAGACUAUUUGCAUUGAUUCUUUUUUUUUUUUUUUUCAACGUUUAUUCAUUUUUGGGACAGAGAGAGACAGAGCAUGAACGGGGGAGGGGCAGAGAGAGAGGGAGACACAGAAUCGGAAACAGGCUCCAGGCUCUGAGCCAUCAGCCCAGAGCCCGUCGCGGGGCUCGAACUCACGGACCGCGAGAUCGUGACCUGGCUGAAGUCGGACGCUUAACCGACGGCGCCACCCAGGCGCCCCACAUUGAUUCUUUUUUUUUCU